AGCCAUGCCAACGUUUACUGCUAUAGCUUUAGAUAGGUUGUUUGAACCUGGAGCUUCCAAAUCAGUCGAUAAGUCUGGUUCAAAGGCAAAACCACCUGCUCCUAUUUCUACCUCAAAGCUGGAGGGGGGAAAUGGUUCAUCUGUUGCAGAGAGGAAGGUUUCUCGUCCUCAAAUAACACCAGCACUAUAUGCCACUCCUGAGUCAACUCCACUUCCGGAUUCACCAUCUUCAUUUUCUCCUUCACCUUACAUUGUCAAUCACAAACGGCGUGGGCCUCGUCUUCAAAAGAGUUUUUCUGCACAGGAUGUAUCAUCCCAGCAAAAAGAUCUCCCCGAAGAGAAUGUUAAUGGAAAUGUAAAGCAAGGAGAAAGUAACAUGUGUGCUGAUUCAUCAAAGGGUGAUUCUGUUACUUUUAACAUUCCCACUCCUAUUGAAAAGGAGCAUGACAAUGGUAUCCAUGAUAGCCCGAUCAAAGAGGAGGAUGCAAAUGGUGGGCUUCUUGGGUCUGUUCAACAUGUGAAUAGUGCCCAUGAUGGUGAAUCUGCAAGUAGUAAUGGGAGAGUUAAUUAGAAGCAGUGACGUGAGCAACAGGUUUACUAGGGAGAAUGUUGUUCGGCAUCUUGUUCCAUUGAACUUGAAUAUAAAUGGUGACAGUGAGGAUUUUUUUGAUCCACGUGAAUCAAUGAGUGCCACAAGUGGUAAUGAGGCUGAGGAUAAUUCUGGGGCAGAAAGUUUUGCAAGAAUCAUGACACCAAAUGUGGAGUUUUUUGAUGCUUGGGAAGGUAAUUUACUUAUCUUUGAGUCAUUAAUGUUCUUGAAUGCAAUUGCAUAUGUGAGUGUUGUCUGUCUGCUUGUUUGCAGAAUGUUCUGCGAAGAUGACUUAGUUUUGAGAAAAUUUUUAUAAUGUUCAUAUGUGAACACAUGCAUAUAAAAGCAGCUUGUUAUUUUGAUAUAAAAGUAGCAAUUUGAUUCUAAGGUGUUACCAGGUUUCAUUGCUGUGUUUAAAAUGUGUAUUUUUCUUCCUUGGUUUGGUAUAUGAGGAACUUAACAAUGAAGAGUGGGGAUAACUCCAUACCUGUGUAGCAGACUCUGAGGCAAAUGAUGCAUGGAUUUAGUGUCUUUCAACACUGAAGCACCCAAUAUAUUAGCUAAUUCAGAUGUCUUUUUGUUUACAGGCUUGUUGUGUUUGCUUUUCUUGGUCUGGAUGGAAUAUAUGAUUGUUGUUGAG